AUGGCCGGCAGCCGCAUCAACUUCACCAGCUACCUGCGCAACCUGAAUGUGCAGGAGCCGCAGGUUGAGGAAUUUGUGACCCCCAACGACGACGAGCUCGCCCUCUUCACCAACACCAACUUCUUCGACUAUGAGACGGGCCAGAACACCGACUACCAAGCGCCGCCUGUCAAGCCCGAUGCUACUGUUGUCGCUCCUACUCCCGUUGAGUCCGCGGCGACGUCGCCCGACGUGCCCACCGAUGCCUUCAUGACCGAUUUCCUAUCGGGCCUCGACCAGGGCUUGGAAUUCGCUGCUCCUGCAGCCGACUUCAACUUUGGCGACUUCACCACCACCUACGCCUCGCCUACCAUCCCGGCCUACCCAGACACUCUAGGCCAGCUCCAGCCCAUUCAGCCCAACUCGCAAGCCGCCUACCCUCCGGUUUCUCAGCACCACGCUCCUCAUCAUGUUCAGCACUCCCAUCAGUCUGGCUAUGUCCUCGCCAACCCUACCCAACUAGGCGGCAAUAAGCGCAAGGCUAGCGAUGCCAUGUCCGUUCCCCCCACUCCCGGCGCCCGCGUCAUGAGCUUCGAGGAGGCCUCUCGCCUCGCCGCCGAGGAAGACAAGCGCAAGCGUAACACCGCCGCCAGUGCCCGGUUCCGCAUCAAGAAGAAGCAGCGCGAGCAGGCGCUCGAGAAGUCGGCCAAGGAGAUGACAGAGAAGGUCACGCAGCUUGAGGGACGCAUUCAGGCUCUCGAGACGGAGAACAAGUGGCUCAAGGGCCUCGUUACCGACAAGCACGGCGGCAAGGAGGACAUUAUCAAGCUGUUCCGCGAGCUCUCUGCUCAGGCUGCCCAGGUUACUCAAGAACGCGCCGCCGCCAAGGCUGACAGGGCCGAGGCUGAACGCGCCAGGGAUGAGACUUUGAUCAACGUCGACAGCUCCAUCUGCGUGUCCACCUCUUCUCCCAGUUCUGACGAAUCUGUCGACUCCAACAAGAAGAGGAGAAAGGACUAA